AUGGCGCACCGCGAAGAGGCUAUGUAUCCGGAGGAGAUGAGAGGGUCAUCCUCUUCGGACAAAACCUACUUCGACUACGACCUGCCUCCCCUGUAUCACAUCGAAGACAUCUUCGUAGACUUGACUCAAAAUGCAUUGUCGCAUGAUCUUGGAGAUGCUUUGAGAAUUCUGAAGGAUCGACCUUUGCGUGUUGCAACCGUGUGUUCGGGUACUGAGAGCCCGCUGUUGGCUAUGAACAUGGUCAAGAAAGGCGAGUAUCAAGUCAUCCCUAAUAUUGCGAAAAAAGGCGAAUCCUCAAAAACAUUCUUCGGCCUUUUGGACUACGUGGCAGAGCACAAGCCUUCAAUUCUUAUCUUGGAGAAUGUGAAAGCCAAGCAGCAGAUUUGGGACGCCAUGGCGGACUGCUACAACGACCUUGGUUAUGCAACAGAGAUCAUCGAUGUUGACACCAAGAACUUCUAUCUACCUCAAACACGCCAGCGGAAGUACAUGGUGUGCAUCAGGAAGGAGAAUGAUCCCAAGGGAAUAGUUGAGCAGAAACUUACCCAGGUAAAGGCCCUGGUCAACAGUCUGAAGCGACAAGCAAGUUGCCCGGGCGGAUUCUUCUUGCUCGACGAGAACAGCAAACAGAUGAACCAGAUCGUUAACGAUCGCGACCUUGUGACGAAAAAGAAAAACGGCCAUUCCGACUGGGGCAAAGCACAGGAAUUGCACCGAAAACAGCGUCAGGUGUAUCAUCUCGGUCAGAAAAAGCCCAUUAGCAAUACCGGGUCAAAAAUGAAUGCCCCAAAAGGACCCGACUUUUACAUGCAUACGUGGUUCAAUUCACGAGGUGAACGAGAAAAGGACCUCCUUGAUAUCAUAUUCUUGAAAGGCAUAACACCCAUCGGCCGUGAUAGCAUUUCAUUUGACAUGAACUUCAAGGAGAGAUGGAUGAAUAUCUCACAAGCUGUCGAUCGACAGAGAGAGGGGAACAAAGGAUUCGGCAUUGUGGCAUGCAUAACACCGAAGGGCAUUCCUUUCUGCUCUACUCGUGGUGGUCCACUUACAGGACAAGAGGCGCUUGCAAUGCAAGGGCUGCCACUUUCGCAAAUGAUCUUCACUCGAGAGACACAAGAACAACUUCAAGAGCUGGCCGGAAAUGCAAUGACUUCGACUGUUGUCUGCGCAGUCACAUUGGCGACGCUUAUCCAUGGCCAUCAUUUUUUGAAGGAGAGAGAAACAAUCGAUCCUGAAAACAAAGAGAAGACGAAUGCUUUAGACCCUGAAACAGAGCUCAAGAAAGCAAAGUUUGACCAGGAAGAAAUGUUUUUCAGUGAGGUUGCAAAGCCCGAAGAGGUUGCAGACCCCGCAGAACAGGUGUCUAACCUGUGCAAUGAUAUCGAAAAGCUGCGAAGGUGGGCAUGUAGUAGUUCCCGAUACUGCUAUUGUGAAAAGCAAUCAGAGACGCAGUCAAAAAUCUUCAUGUGUGAUCUUUGUGGACACACCACAUGCGACUCCUGUAACAGGGACCCUCCUCAUGGUCCAACGACCAUGGCCUCAAUCCAGCGCCUUGAACCACUUGAAUUCAUCAAGAACUUGCGAAGAGACCUCCCGAUGAGACUCUGCCUGCAGGGGCUCGAUGGAAGUAUGUUUGAUCAAUUUCUCGAAUCGACCCCGAGUGAGCACGGCAGUAUCGACAUCAAUGAUGGCGCAAGCGAAGGCGAAGAAAGCAACGGAGAAAAAUAUGGCAAGACGGUACCCGGCAGAAAGACAGGAAAAUGCAAAAGAAGCAACACCAAAAAAGCCACCGUCGGAAAGGGCGUCGCCAGGAAGACCGUUGGCAACGAGACCACUAGCACCAGAAACAGCAAUAUUAUCCCCCGACCCGAUGAUCGCCAGAAAUACAGAAGUGUGAUUGGAGCUGCUGUCACAGACACCGUUCACUUUGUUAACAUUGAGCGUGCUGAAUCCUGGACUGUCUUUUACGAAGGACCUAAUAGCACGCUGCAGCUAGUAAUCGGCAGACAAUCAAUCCAGUGGCUUUUCUUCGCUAAGCCGCCAGCCGACUACCCUGCCCGAUGCUUGCUCCGAGAGAUAUUUGCAAAACCGAUUGCAAAAAUGACACCAAAAAUGAUACCAGAUCGAACGAUUCUUCAAGGUCGGUGGAAGAUUAGCCAACCAAUCAGUACUCAAUCGUCGGUCACGAUCAGUCGUUAUGAGACGCAAAGCGGAUUGAGCACUCAGCUUCCUGUAUACCCUGUACGCUGUGGAGUUUCUGAAAAAUCCGUUGCCGACGAAAAGGUUUGUGAAAGGAUCUCGGUGAAGUCAAAUGGAAAUGAAAAUUUGACGGAUCUAUGUGGCGCCUACGAGCUUUUGCCUAACUGCGGAACGGCUUUUGGCUCCCUUUACAAGAAGAUAGAGACCAAGGCGAGAACAGAUGGAUACGAGGAUAGACCGAUCUUCCUCUUCUUUGAUCCCUUGAAAUGCAGCGACACUAAACAUGAUUCGUUUGUAUUUGCGUUUGAGCAUAAUCGCAUUUCUGGAUAUGCGCCUCGCAUUACAAUUGCCGAAUUAUCUCAUGAAUGGAGACCAGAGAGUGUCACAGCUACCGACAAGCCUGUCAACCUUUUCUAUCGAUCAUGGCUAGCUAAGCCAGAGGUUAGCCUGAUAGAUAUCAUCGACUCCGAAGUGUCAUGUCAACCAUUGAUUCCUCGGCCGACUGUGAAUUUUGGUGGUGGAGAAAACAGCCAUGAUUACAGCCGUCUACUGAUUGCCAGCGGUCCCACGGCAGUUCUUAAUAUUCCGCACCUGGACUCCAUAGUAUGGAAACACCAUAAUAUUGAAAGAUUCCCUGAGAUACUGAAAGAAGCUGCCUGGGCUUUUGAAAGAUCCUCUUUACAGAUGGGGCUUGAGGGAUGGAGAGACGUCACUGUCGAUGGAGAUAUUCAGCACCAACACGGUACGAUCUGCGAAAUUUGCCAUCCUAAAAUGCCUGAGCCCGGAAACAAUCAAGAAGCAAUUGCAUACGAGCGCCUAAUCAAGACCAAGUGGCCAAAAUGGAUUAUUCGAACUCGCGAGCUCGAAAAUGGCAAGCGAGAACUCCAAUUCGCUCUCAACAUUCGGGCCAUGGCUCACACAGCCUGUCAAAAUAUGCUUCCUUUGCUGAAAGGCAAGACCCCUCAGAUCAGCUGGCGCCUCGAGCCGAACUACUUCGACGUGGGCAGAAAAUACCAUGGGAAGUUCCGGCUCAAGAAUACCGAGGAGGUCUCUCCUCGCAGGGGUCUUCCGGCUUUUCUUCGCAAAGAGCAACAAAGAUCGUUGGAUUGGAUGAUUGACCAGGAAAGACCAAACAUUGACCCGUUCGUCGAGAUGGAAGUGAAUGAAGCCCCAUUUCCCGCACUCGCCUGGCGUGCUGAAGUCAAAGUUACUGUUGAGACGGUUAUUCGAGGCGGUCUCUGCGCCGAUGAGGUCGGCUUCGGUAAAACGGCGCUCAUCCUUGGAUUGAUUUCCAGCCAGUGGGAUAAUGGGUGGAAUGUCAGAAUUCCCAAUGCACAGCCUGGACUGAAGAAAACCAAUGCAACUAUCAUCAUCGCCCCGUCGAACAUAAUCGGGCAGUGGUUAGAAGAGACCGAGAAAUUUCUCACAAAGGACUAUCGGAUAAAGAACUUUGUUGUUGAUAUUCGAACGAGUGCCGACUUCAAAAAUCCGAAGGGUCAAAGGAAGAGAAUGUCCCAGAUUGAAGGGGCCAGAAUCGUUCUUGUGAGCCUCGGUGCUCUGAAGGAACCUAAAUCUGUCGAGUUUCUGAAGAAAUACAGGUGGGUUCGGCUUGUCAUCGAUGAAUACCAUCUUCUAUGGGGCAACCAGAAGGAAUCCCAAUCGGAAGCCAUACUUUGUCUACAAGCCUACUCGAAAUGGAUUUUGUCAGGUACACCAGGGCUCGAGGACUUUGCUGAUAUCAAGACAAUUGCGAGGCUACUUGGGGCACACCUGGGGAUUGACGACGAUGGUGAUAUCAAAUCAACCAACAAGCGAUUGGUUUACACCCGAGACCAGUACUCCCACUUGCAAAAACUUGAGAAGUUCCAACCCAUUCACAGCGAGUUCUGGUACAAGAACCGACGGAGCCAUGCCCAAGGGUUUCUUGAUCGAUUUGCGCGCCAGAAUCAUGUCGAGGAAAGGAUUGAAUUUGAUACCUUCUAUGACGGCUUCCCGCAAUCUACAGAUGAACGACAUGUGUAUCAGAUCCUUGAAAAACAUCUUAAGGAUCUGGAAAGUGGCAAUCUUUCCGACAAGAGCAACCAGUUACCUCCUAGCCUACGAGAUUGUUUGGAAGAACUCAAGAAGUGUGCCGGAGAGGCAGGCGGAUACGAGCAUGCACCUUUGCUCUGCUCUCUCUCAGCCACAUUCACAAGCUCGCCCUACAGGUUUGAAAUCUGCCAAUACAGAAGGAAAGAGUCCGAAGACAGGUUUAAGAUGAACUGGAAAGAAUUGCGGGAGGAGUGCAAAGACUUCAUGAAAAGGUACGACAAGUUUCACAAGGGCUUAUCCAAGGACUUUUCCCAGUUGGUCAUGGCGAAAUUACAAGAUAAAGAUGGAAUUUGUGGAUUCGGGGAUCCAGAACUCUCAAUUCGCGUGACUGGGAUCCUUGGGUAUCUGCUGAAGUCAAUCCACGACAUCCAGCAUGGAGGUAAAGUCGUGGCGAUGGAAGAUGAGAAUGAAGAGAAUCAACAGAAUGAACAGGUCGGUCAGGUUGAACUUGCAGAUGGGGAAAAUGAGGCAGAAGAUGAGGAAGAACGCCCGGUCGAUGAUGAGAGACAUGACGAGGAAGAAAAUUCUCGCGAGGGCAAGCAAGGCCCUCCUCGCAUUCCUUUUCCCAAAGAAGUCACUGAUCAAAUUGUACGUCGGUUUGAGCAUUUGGCCAACAUUAACCAAGAUAUCCGAUUCUGGACCACAGCUUGUCGACUACACCCCAACCAAGAUGGGCCAGUUGAGGAAACCUGCCAGUGCGCAUCUUGUCCGGAAAUGAUCAAAAAAUCGGCAAUCAUCAUCUUGCGAUCAUGCGGACAUAUUCUUUGCGAGACGUGCUUGGGUAAGGUCCAACAUGGGACGUGCCGGGUCAGUCGAUGCUCAGGGUCAGCAGCAUUAUCCGACCAGUGUCGACUAGAGGACUUCCGAGUCGGAAAGAACAAGAAAGACAAAGAAGUUGUGUCGAAGUACAGUUCGAAGUUGCGAAAGCUCACCCAGAUCAUUGAGGAGUCCCCUCCGGAUGAUCAGGUGUUGGUGUUCUGCCAAUAUGAGCCUAUGUUCGAGAUGAUCAAAAGCUUGCUCCAGGACAAAUUGAAAGACAACUUUGAGUGUAUCUGUGCAAAGGGUAAAACAGUGGUCAGCUCGAUUGAGACAUUCAAGAAGAAGCAGGGCAAAGCGAAGGACUUCAAAUUCAACAAAGUUCUUAUUUUGCUUCUUGGGGGUGAGGACAUGGCUGGGCAGAAUCUCCAGUGCGCAAAUCAUGUUAUUUUUGUCAAUCCUCGCCUGGCCGAAACCCAUGUCCAGUGGAAAGAUGAUAUGGAACAAGCCAUCGGUCGUGUCCGUCGUCCCGGACAGACUAAGCAAGUCUACGUGCAUCACUUGAUAGCUGAGGAAACUGCAGAUGUUACCGUCCUCGAGAAGUGGGAAGGCCACGUCGUACGCAGAAAGGACCCCAUCUUCGCGCCAGUGAAGAGACCAAGCGACGACUGGUUGGGAGAAGGGCGGCGUGUCCGUCAAAGAACCAGCUAA